AUGACACCACCAUACUCUACCAGAGAGAUGCAGUACCUUCUGCUGAAAAAAUUGAAUUGGUCAACAAAAUUGAUGAUUCAUGCAGAGUUGGGUGGGCCACCUAUGCUGAGAGAGUGCCACUUUAGGACUAUAAUACUGGGAAGCUCACUGACUUCACAACCCAUUUCAAGUUCAUUGUUGACACAAACGGUGUUCCCUAUGCCUCUUAUGACACCGAAAUUAGUGCAACUCAUAGGAUGGUGCCAUGAUGAAGGUCAGUUGGUAGCCUUGAUUCUCAUCUUUUUGGGAAAAGGCCUGCUGGAUGUUAAAUCAAGCAAUAAUGUCAUGCUAGAUUCUAGCUUCAAUGUCAAGCUUGGUGACUUCGGGUUAGCGCGACUAAUAGACCAUGAACUAGGUCCUCAAACAAUUGGAUUGGUUGAAACAGUUGGUUACUUGGCCCCAGAGUAUAUUAUCACAGGCAGAGAUAGUAAAGUGUUAGAUGUUUAUAGCUUUGGGGUUGUUGCCUUAAAAAUUGCUACAGGAAAAAACGCAACGGACUUUAUUGGAAAGGACUCUGAUUUGGGAUUGGUAGAGUGGGUUUGGGAUCUUUAUGGACAAUGA